AUGGCUAGUCCCAACCCCCUCAACGUGUACAAGGGACAAGACUCUGUUAAGAAUUACUUCGAUCCUGAAUCAGCGCCACCGCUUCCCUUAGUCGAGAUCCCGGACUCUUUGAAUCCUUAUCGACAGGAUGGAGUGCGUAUCUAUGCCAAGAUGAUGACUAUGCAUCCUGCGAACAAUGUGAAAGCCAUGCCAGCUUUGAACUUGUUGAACAGUUGCGUCGUUCCGGGAAAGACCAAGACAGUUGUUGAAUACAGCUCUGGUUCGACUGUCUUAUCCAUGUCGCUAAUCUCGCGGGCCAUACAUGGCAUUGAUGAUGUGCGAGCAUUCUUGAGUAACAAGACCAGCGCAACAAAACUUCAGCUCAUGCAAUUCUUCGGAAUCGAUAUUACACUCUUCGGAGGCCCAUCUCAACCUGAACCCCUCGACGAGCGUGGUGGUAUCAGAGCAGCCCAGAGACUAGCACAGGAUUCGGACGAAACCAUCAUCAACCCGAACCAAUACGAGAACAAUCUUAACUGGAACGCACAUGUCAAGUGGACAGGUCCGCAGAUUCAUGCACAAUUACCAGAGAUCAACUUGAUCUGUACUAUGACUGGUCUUGGCACCUACUUCAAAGAAGCCAAGCCUUCAGUAUACCGACUAGGGGUGUGCACAGCACCUGGAGACCGAGUUCCCGGUCCAAGAUCGUUCGCCCUCAUGGCUCCUGUCCAGUUCCCAUGGAAGAAAGCAGUUGAUCACAUCGAAGAGGUUGACUCACACAACUCCUUCUCCACGUCACUGGAUUUAUGCCGUAACGGCAUCGUUUGCGGCCCAUCUUCUGGGUUCAACUUGACAGGACUAUUUCAGCUCAUCGAGAAGCGCAAGGCUGAAGGUUCUCUUUCGGAUCUGGCCGGACCAGAUGGAACUAUCAACUGCGUCUUUCUAUGCUGUGAUUUGCCGUACCAGUACAUAAGCGAGUACUUUGACAAGCUCGGAGAAAGUUAUUUUCCAUCCAUCAAAAACGAGGAUCUUUUGAAAGUCGACCUUUAUAGGUAUGACGAAAAGUGGGAGCGAACAGCAUCUGAAGCCAUUGAUGCGUUCUUCGAUGUUGAUAGAGGCGCUCUUCUCGACAUGGUGCUUGCAGACCCCAAGAGUGCUUCAGUAAGCACAAUCGAUUUACGUGGCAUCCUUCGUUCGAGACAGGAUACUACGAUCAUUGAUCUGCGACAACCUCAGGAUUUCAGCAACUUCCAUCUUCCUGGUGCCGUCAAUAUCCCCUUUGUAAAUGACAACACACCAAGUCCCUUCUCUGAUGCUAAGCUCUUGGAAACAUUAUGGAAGAGUCUUGAAGACACAUUCAAGAAACCUGACCAAGACCUUCAGUCUCUGCUGCAAGGUAGAAGGAUCUUGCUUACUUGUUAUGACGGAGAUAGUGCUCGUGUUGCGACAAGUGUUCUUCGUGCCAAGGGAUAUGAAUCCGAUAGUAUCCGAGGCGGGUUUCAGGCACUGAAUAAGAUGAGGGAUAGCUCAAACCAGACUUCUGUAAAUGGUGCCAAAGAGUCAUCGUCUUGGGUUGGCCUGACUCGGGAAGUUUUGGGUGUUGGACCUUCGCAAUCAACUCGUGUCUCAUUGUAA